GGUGGGCGCGGGAGCCGCGCCGGGGCAGGCGGCGCCCAGCCAGGACCCUCCGGACAGGCCCCCGGGCCCGGGCGCGGUGGCUGCGGGGCUGGCGGAGCGUACCGGGCGAAACGGGACGGGGACGAGUGCGGCCCGGGCGGCCGAGGCCAUGGCCCAGCGGAGCUCGCGUCGGCCCGCCAGCCCGCCGGGCGCAGAGCACGGCGAGGGGCUGCCCGCCCGCGCAGCAGCACCAAGGGCACCCAGCAACGGCGGGGCGGCCGUGGCAGGGCAACCCGCUGCCCGUGAAAACCCCUUCGUGCGCAUCAGCAAGGAGAGGGAGAGAGCCGGCCCCCCGACGACCCCCCGUCCCAGCACCGACUUCAACGGGAACUCCACGAGGAGCCCAGAAAGGCGCCCGGAGCGGCACCGCCAGAGCAGCGAGGGCGUCCCGGUGGCGCGCACGGCAUCGGCGGUGUCCAGCAGCCUGCGGAAAGCCGAAGCCGCCCCGGCUGAAGGCCCCGGGACGGCAGGCGCUGCUGCGGCCAGGCCGGCCAAGGGUGGCAGCCGUGCGCCCCACGCCGCACGGAGCCCCGGCACCCACCGGGUUCUCGCCAUGGACGUGACACUCGCCCCCAGGGACCCCCGAGCUCCCGGCCAGUUUGGGCAUGCCGUCGCCGUCCCUGAGGAUAAACAAGAGGAAGCAAAAAGUCGAUGGAAAGAAGGAAACUUCAAUGUCUACCUCAGCGACCUCAUCCCUGUGGACCGAGCCAUCGUGGACACGCGGCCUGCCGGGUGCUCGGAGCAGCAGGUGCACAACGACCUCCCGACCACCACCAUCAUCAUGUGCUUCGUGGACGAAGUGUGGUCCACCCUCCUGCGCUCCGUCCACAGCGUCCUCAGCCGCUCUCCUCCACAUCUGAUUGAAGAAGUCAUCUUAGUGGAUGAUUGCAGUACCAAAGACUACCUCAAGGAGAAGCUUGACAAAUACAUGUCACAGUUCCCCAAAGUUAAGAUCAUUCAUCUCAAGGAAAGACACGGUUUAAUACGAGCCAGGCUGGCUGGGGCAGAGAUCGCCAAAGGCGACGUGCUGACCUUCUUGGACUCACAUGUGGAGUGCAACGUGGGGUGGCUGGAGCCGCUGCUGGAGAGGGUCCGCCUGAGCCGGACGAAGGUGGCUUGCCCUGUCAUCGAGGUGAUCAGCGACAAGGACAUGAGUUAUAUGACAGUGGAUAACUUUCAGCGUGGGAUUUUCACUUGGCCAAUGAAUUUUGGGUGGCGACAGAUUCCUCAAGAGGUCGUUGAGAAAAAUAAAAUCAAGGAAACUGAUAUAAUAAGGUGCCCGGUGAUGGCAGGUGGCUUGUUCUCCAUCGACAAGAAGUACUUUUUUGAGCUGGGAACGUACGAUCCUGGGCUGGAUGUUUGGGGAGGUGAAAAUAUGGAGAUCUCCUUCAAGGUCUGGAUGUGUGGAGGAGAAAUUGAGAUUGUUCCAUGCUCCAGAGUUGGACACAUUUUCAGGAACGACAACCCAUAUUCCUUUCCUAAGGAUCGGAUAAGCACAGUGGAGCGGAAUUUGGCUCGUGUUGCAGAGGUCUGGUUAGACGAAUACAAAGACUUAUUCUAUGGACAUGCUUAUCACUUAAUCUUGAAAAACCUGGAUGUUGGUGACCUGACGCAGCAGAUUGAACUACGGAAGAAGCUUCAAUGCAAAAGUUUCAAGUGGUACCUGGAAAACGUCUACCCAGACCUUGAUGCUCCUCUGGUUAAAGCUGAUGGGCUGCUUGUCAACGCAGCCGUGGCGAGGUGCGUCAGCGUGGAGGGCACCGCGGCGGCUCUCGAGCCUUGUGAUGUUAACGACGAGAGCCAGCGGUUCAACUACACCUGGCUGCGGCUGCUGCAGCACGGCGAGGGGUGCGUGGCGCCGGCCGGAGCGGCCGUGGGGCUGCAGCCCUGCGACCCCAGGGACCACCGCCUGAAGUGGCUGCACAUGUCGCUGGCCGCCUUCCAGCCGGAGCUGAUGGACCACGUCGUCGUGGAGCACCUUCCACAGCCGGCGUGUUUGGAAGCGGAUCCAGCUCACAAAACCCUGAGGGUAAAUGCGUGCAACUCCUCCAGUCCUUAUCAAAAGUGGCGGUUUGGAAAUUACUAUGCAGACUGAAGGGAGCACUAUCAAGCAGAAACCCUGUGGUUUCAUCUUGUGAAUCCCGCAGUGACAUCGUGAGACUCGUGACGGCAAUGACCAAACUGCAACUUCAUUUCCAAAGGAUAAUUGAAAUCCAUAGUUUAAACGCGCGUAUUGAGAGAUCAAAACAGCAAGCAACAGCACUUCCAGUUUAAUGACAUUUGAAACAGGUUUUUCACUCGCUGUGGGACACUUUGGUGAAAGUUAAAUUAAUUUUUUUCUUACUAAAUGAAACUAUUUGCUCAAGUUCCCCAUCCAACCAUAUGCAGGCCUUCGGUAGUUUUCUCUGGACAACAGCGUAAGCUAAUAGAAAUAUUUCCAGGACUCUGUAAGUGUAAACAGCAAAACUGGGCUAUUUAUCCUGCCACAGCCUAAGGAAAUGGAAGUUUAUUGACGGCCCGUUAAAAAAAAUCCAUCGCAGGUGCCCAUGCAGGGCCUGGCUGUGGGAUCCCACCCAGCUGGAGCUGUCUGAUGGUGGGUUUGCUUAGCAAUUCAUAGCUUACCAGAAAAGCCUGUUUUUUAGAAACGGAUGGGGCCGUUUCUACCCCGAACCUUCCCCAGCGCGCUCAGGGUCUGUGCGACGCCGUGGAGGCCGGUGAGCGCCUCCCCAGUCCGGACCGUACGAGCGUGCCUCGAUGCGCACGCGGACACGUGCGUGUACGUGCGUGCGCACACGUCCCCCGCGGGCCGUCGCGCCAGGCGACCGCCGUGCAACGAGCCCUCCCCUGACUCUGGCCGUGGCAGCGCGAGCGGCGCCCGGGGCCCGGCCCCAGCGCGGCACAGGCCUUCGAGCCUCACCGCCGCCGGCAGCCCAGCGAAGGACAGAUCCGACGGGGGAAUAAACUUACCUGUGACCAGAUGACGAGACCCAAGGCGUGCAACGUUAAUGUUAUCCAGAAGGGAUUUUCUCCGCUUUUCUUAUUGCAGAGUUGCUGCGUGCUUGCUUGGAGGAGCUGCUUCACCUUUGCCAGUGGCGUCGCUAUCAGGGCAGCAGUGCUUACUGCCCUGACCUGCGUUGCUGCAUCGCUGGUCGCUGCAUUGCUGCAUCGCCGCAUGGGUGCGGUGCUGCAUCACCGCUCGCCGCGGUGCCGCCCCGGCACUGCUCACUGCAUCACUGCUCGCUGCGGCGCU